AUGGCCCAAUCUCACGCCAGUCUAAUCCGAUCAAUCUACGACGAGCGGAGCAGCACAUACGAUGACUCAUUCCAUGGCAUCUUGGCGGACGAUUACAUUCGUGUCGCUGAACCGAAAGAAGGAGAAUAUGUCCUUGACCUAGCAUGCGGCACAGGCCUAGUGGCUUUACAGGCCUCCCAACGCGUCGGUAAAUCGGGCCAUGUCGUCGGUGUCGAUAUCAGCGAUGGUAUGUUAGAAGUUGGCUGUCGGAAGGCCGAGCGCCAGGGUCUCAAUGUUCCUUUCAUUCAGCAUGAUAUCUCCGACCUGACUGGGCUGAAACUUCUCCCCGACGGCUCUCAGGGCUUCGACCUGAUCACGUGUGCUGCGGCUUUGGUGCUUCUUCUUGAUCCUCCGAAGGCGAUCAAGCAUUGGAGUACGUUGUUGAAACCAGGCGGACGGCUCGUCACCGAUGUGGCGGCUAAGAAUGUCAAUGCUCCAAGUCGACUGUUUGCGCAGAUUGGACGACAGCUUGACAAGACGCUGCAGUGGGAUCAAAGUUGGGUGCAGUCAGAGGAAUCUUUGGCAAAGCUGUUGCAGAAUUCUGGGCUUCGCGUGGAGACUGUGUUCUCGACGCGAUGUUACCAGACACGGGAAUAUACGACUCAGGAGGCGCCCGAGGCGUUUGAACACGCAGUUGCGAGCCCGAUGUAUAGGAACUUUGGAGAGCCUUCUGUUCGAGAAGAAGCAAAGAGACUAUUUGUGGAGGCAUUCAAACAGGAGGCGGGGGCUGAAGGGGUUUUGCUGGAUGAGGCCAGGAUGUAUAUGGCUGUCGCCUACAAGCUUUGAUAUUUAAAGGCAGUAUACAAGAUAGUAACUCUAUUGUGCCGUAAUCACUCUGUAGUAUCCCAUGAACGUAUUAAACCAAAUAAUGCUGUAACGUAUAAGGCGACCUUUGACUUGAAUUUAAUUCUCGAGCAGUACUAGGAUGCUAUCCUCGUCUCUGUAUUCUCUUUAGAAUGAUUUUCCUACAUAUGUAUUUCCUUUCAUUCUUUAGCUCAGUGUGUGCUAGCCAUAUAUAUCUGGCAUAGCAAUUUCCCAGAGGAAAAGCAAAUCAUCUU